UUUGAAAAACAAAAGCUUCGACUUCUUGUGGCAAUAUCACAAAAAAAUGUUAGCGUGUCUUAAAUGAGCAGAAUGAAACACAUGCGAGUCUAUUUUAGAGCCACAAAGGGACAUAAUGCAACUUGUAUGGUGCAGCUCAAUGCUUCGUCGUUAAAACGCUAAAAUGUGUCAUAAUUCCUUUAAUUUGUUCACAUUCUCAACUGUUGUCCUCCAUGUUUUUAAUUGAACAGCCUGAAAAUGAGCAACUCCGAAGAGAAAGUAACCACAACACCACACGUAGUGAAGGAAGAGGUCAUAGCAGAAGGGAAAUGGGUGAAGCUGGAAAAGACCACAUAUGUUGAUCCUGCUGGAAACACCAGAAUCUGGGAGACGGCGAAGCGAACAACCAGAAGGAGCAACGUAGACGGUGUGGGAAUCAUCGCUUUCCUGAAACGGACACUCCAUAAAGACUGUGUAGUGAUGGUGAAGCAGUUCCGUCCUCCGCUGGGAUCCUUCACCCUCGAGUUUCCCGCCGGUCUGWUGGAUGAAGGGGAGACAGCGGAGGCGGCUGCGCUGAGGGAGCUGAAGGAGGAAACUGGCUAUAAGGGGGAAGUGGUCGGGGUCACUCCAGUGACCUGCCUGGACCCCGGCUUGUCUAAUAGCAACACCCAGAUCGUUCUGGUCAACAUUAACGGAGACGACGUGGAGAAUAUYCAUCCUGUCCAGCAGCUGGGUGACGGAGAGUUUGUAGAAGUUCUUCUCUUGCCGCUCGAUGAAUUCCAGACAAAAAUUGACGAUCUGUUGCAGAGAGAGAAAAUCGUGGUGGACACCAAAGUUUACAUCUUUGGCAUGGGGAUGGCUCAGGCCUUCUUUAAGCCUAGGGAGCUGCCUGUUCUAAAGCAGUGAUGAAGAACAGGGAGAUGUAGUCAGGGCAGGCUAGAAAACUGAGGAUUUCCACAUUUUAAAUUGAAAUUAUUUGAAAAAAUCUGUUUUUUUAAAGCUAACGUAAUCUCAUAUUUAAAUGUGUCUGUUUUAAAAGUUUUCUCGACAGAUAAUAACACAAAACUGUUGAUAAUAAAGCCCCUGCUACAAAAAAAAUGUUUCCAGCCCUUUCAAAGCCUGAAACAUUCAAAUAUUUGAACUUUACCACAAAAUGUUUGCAUUCCUCUCGCAAGAUGUAGAAACCAGAAAACAUUCCUUUAGAUGUUCUAACACGGUUCAACAUUUCUGAAUUAAUUGUUGUAUUGACUUUAAUUUUUCUGUACAGCUUYGACACUGAUUAAAGAUGUUUCAGUAAGUUGCAGAAAAAAAAAACCUGUGCACUGAGAAAUUACUGACCAAUGAAUAAACAUAGUACUAUCUUUGAAUGGAUGUGCUUUUGUCUUGKAUUAAUAAAAGAUGAUGGAAUGAUGGAAAAU